UGAACCGGCAUAAAUUGGGUUAGAUCAGAAUUGUGCGCGAUAAAUGGUGAAGUUGGGACAUGGCGGAAAAAGCAGGAAAAACAGCGGGAGUGGAAGCAGAAGGGAAUCGGAGCAGAGAGAAAGUAUGCAAGAGAUGCAAACAGAUAUAUGAUUCAGCUUCUAACAACUCUAAUUCAUGUCGAUUUCAUCCUUCUUUCUUUGUGUGUCGCCGUCACGACGAUCAGAAAAGGUAUUACGAACUAGGACCAGACGAUCCUCCUUAUGCUGCCAAGUUUUAUGAUUGCUGCGGAGCUGAAGAUCCUCAAGCAAGUGGCUGUACCACCAAUUUCCAUGUUUCAUAUGAUGAUGAGUAGGAAGAUUCUCAUGGUUUGUUAUGUAACCUUUCUGUAAAUUAGAAACUGUCUGUACCUGAAAGAAUUUUGCCCUUUGAUCUGAAAUGGACAGUCUCCACAUGGUAUAUGUAAUUAUAUACAGAAAAAUAAUGUUCGACGUU